CCUUGAUAUCAUUGCCUUUUUCUCACCAUAUACAUACAUGUACAGACAGAAACCCACUUGUCAUCAUUCUUCAUAAAGCUAACUUGCUCAUAUAUAUACACAUAUAGUGGAGAGACUAUAGAAGAUAAAUACCUAGAGAACAAGAUUGAGGGGAAGGGAAAUAAAAACUAAUCCAAAAAUCUAAAAGUGAAAGAAGGUAAAAAAAAAGAAUAAGAAGAAAAUGGGAAGAGCACCGUGCUGCGACAAGAUGGCGGUGAAGAAAGGGCCAUGGUCGACGGAGGAAGAUGCCGUGCUUAAGUCUUACAUCGAAAAACACGGCACCGGCAACAACUGGAUUUCCCUCCCUCAGAGAAUUGGGAUAAAGAGGUGCGGGAAGAGUUGUCGUUUGAGAUGGCUUAAUUACUUGAGGCCUAACUUAAAGCAUGGAGGCUUCACCGAUGAAGAAGAUUACAUCAUUUGCAGCCUUUACAUUACUAUUGGAAGCAGGUGGUCUAUCAUUGCUUCACAAUUACCGGGAAGAACAGACAACGACAUCAAAAACUAUUGGAACACGAGGCUGAAGAAGAAGCUAUUGAGCAAGCAAGGGAAGGCAUUUCAUCAACAACUUAAUGUCAAAUUUGAGCGUGGAACAACAUCAUCAUCAUCGAGUCAGAACCAGAUCCAAAUCUUUCAUGAUGAGAACACCAAAUCGAACCAAACAUUAUAUAAUCAAGUGGUGGAUCCAUCAAUGAGAGCUUUUGCCAUGGAAGAACAAAGCAUGAUCAAGAAUCAGAUAUUGGAACCAUUUUCUUGGGAACCAAACAAGGUUUUGUUUGAUGUUGAUUAUGAUGCAGCUGCUUCAUCUUAUCAUCAUCAUGCAUCCCCAUCAUUGAACUCCAUGAGCAGUACUAGUAGUAUUGGUACUAAUAAUUCAUCUUUACAAAUGUCUCACUACACCGUCAAUCACAAUGAUCAUGAUCAACCAGAUAUGUUCUUUAUGGACGGGUUUGAGAAUUUCCAGGCCGAGCUAUUUGAUGAGAUAGCCAACAACAACACGGUAGAAAAUGGCUUUGACGGAACCGAGAUCCUGAUCAAUAACAACUACUUGGAUCACGAUAUUAGCUCCUUCAUUGAUUAUCCUCUAUACGAUAAUGAGUAGAUGAUGGAUUAAUUAGAUCAUUAAUAGAUACAGAUAUUAUAUGCCAAUGUACUUAGGUUAAAUCAUGUUUUUUGUUUGUCUGAUCUCUUAAAAUGUUGAAGGCGUGAAAGAAGAAAAGCCCUAGAAGUGUAUUACACAAAGAUUUUUGCUCUUUGCAAUAUGAAUAAAUGAU